CUCCCACCCCCGAGCUUUCGGCAAACACCGUCGUCUCGGCUUCUCCUUUAUAAACACAUCGAACGCGGCAAAAAGGCAGAACUGUAUCAGCGUUCGCAAACGGUGAACAAAAUCCUCGAUUCCAAUAUGUACUCCUUCACCGUCGCCCUUCUCGUAUGCGGAAUGCUCGCCGCCGUAAACAGCGCACCGGCACCAGGAGGCUGGGGUGGCAGUCACCAACACCACGUGAUCCACGUCCCGUACCACGUCCACAACGUGCAUCACCACCACGUAAAGAAGGUCGCGUACCCCGUACACCACGUAGAGAAAGUCGCGGUCCCGGUCCCGGUCCAUGUCCACCACGUGGAGAAGGUCCCAGUCCCAGUGCCCUACCCAGUCCACCACGUCGAGAAAAUCCACGUGCCGGUUCACCACGUUGAGAAGGUCCACGUCCCGGUCCACUACGAGGAGAAGCCAUGGUGGUGAUCAGGAGGAGAGUCUGAAAGCCGAUGUCGAGGCGGCGUCACCUUCUUGUGUAAAUAAUUUCGUUGACGCCGAAUCGACGUUUCGGUUUAUGUACAUUUAUACACGUAAUGUAAUUCAUAUUGUAAUUG